AUGUCAGAAAGCAAGAUAGCCUCCGUGUUGAAGAAGCCAAUGACCGAAGUUUUCAUAGAAGCCGACAAUUUGAAGUAUAAGCUUUUCUACCCCGUAUGCGGUUUCCUUUUAGAAAUUGCUUUGAAGCCGAUAGUUAACACAGAGUUUGGAACUAUGGUCUGGAAUGCUGGUCUUGGUUUGUGUCAGUACUUUGAGGAACAGAAGAUGGAUUUCUCGCACAAGAAAGUGAUUGAACUGGGAGCGGGCACUGGGAUUUUGAGCAUUUUAACAGUCCUUCUCGGUGGAGAUGUCACUAUAACAGACAAUCCGCAGCUCCUGCAGCAAAUCGAACUGAACGUCUCCGCCAAUAUCCCGUCUUCCAUGAAAUCUCGCGUCCAAAUCCGCGCCCUCUCCUGGGGGCUGGACCAAUCACAGUUUCCAUCCGACUACGACUACAUCUUGGGUGGGGAUAUCGUGUACAACCGUUCAAGUCUUCCUUUAAUUCUCAAGACGCUCCAACAUCUCUGCAAUGAAUCGACGGUCAUUUAUUUCGCCUCCACAAUGUCCAUCAGCCGUGAAUUGAUCACCUCCAGCUACCGGACUCUAUUUCAGUAUUUUGAUUCUGAUCUCGUUUGCAGAUAUGAAAACGUGGAUGUUAACUUGUAUAGGAUGACUAAAAAAAAGUCCCAGACACAGGGUUGA